AUGACCCUCAUGCCCCGUGCCUCACCGACCGGCCUCAUGCCCAGCACCUUACCCACCGCCCUUAUGCCCAGCACCUUACCCACCGCCCUUAUGCCCAGAACCUUACCCACUGAACUUAUGCCCAUGCUCAGCACCUUACCCACCGUCCUUAUGCUCAGUGCCUCACCCAUGGCCCUCAUGCCCAGCACCUUACCCACCGCCCUUAUGCCCAGCACCUUACCCACCGCCCUUAUGCCCAGUGCCUCACCCAUGGCCCUCAUGCCCAGCACCUUACCCACCGCCCUUAUGCCCAGCACCUUACCCACCGCCCUUAUGCCCAGUGCCUCACCCAUGGCCCUCAUGCCCAGUGCCUUACCCACCGCCCUUAUGCCCAGCACCUUACCCACCGCCCUUAUGCCCAGUGCCUCAUGGCCCUCAGUGCCCAGCACCUAUGCCCAGCACCUUACCGCCCCAGUGCCUCACCCAUGGCCCUCAUGCCCAGUGCCUCACCCAUGGCCCACUUAUGCCAGCCCUUACCCCACCGCCCUUAUGCCCAGUGCCUUACCCAUGGCCCUUAUGCCCAGCACCUUAUGCCCCCACCGCCCUUAUGCCCAGCACCUUACCCAUGGCCCUCAUGCCCAGUGCCUCACCCAUGGCCCUUAUGCCCAGUGCCUCACCCAUGGCCCUUAUGCCCAGUGCCUCACCCAUGGCCCUCAUGCCCAGUGCCUAACCAAUUGCCCUCAUGUCCAGUGCCUCACCCAUGGCCCCUAUGCCCAGUGCCUCACCCAUGGCCCUCAUGCCCAGCACCUUACCCACUGA